CAAUUUCUUGCUACCUACAAUGCUUUCUGUUUUUUCAGGGUGGUGAACGUAUUUUCUACGUUCUGUCACGCUUGAAGCCUGAAUGUGUAAAGACAUCGUCCCUGGAUUAUGGGAACCGAGCAGUUUCAAUCUUUCAUGACUUUGGUGGCUAUCUACCUGACGAUCUUUUCCAGCGUGGAGUAACUAAGUUUAUUGAGAAAUUUCAAGUAGAAAACUAUGAACCUAAGCUAUCUUAUGAGCAUGUGGAGUUACACGUUGAUCAACAUCACCAAGUGGUUCUGAAUGUAGCUACUGUUAAGCAUCGUCGUAUGUUUAAAACAACUAUCAUCAGACUAAAUAUUAUUAAUCCCACUCGGAUUACCAAGAAAGAUGAGCCCUCACCGAGAGUGUGUAAAGAGGUGUUGGAUUUCCUGGAAACUGAACUAAAGAUAUUCUGUCAGAGUGGUGCACGAGGCAUUGAAUUAACGAGGUACAUUGCUUGCGAAUGUAGCGACGCCCACAUGCAUAUAGUGCGCAAGUUUGAUAAGGAUGUGCUGCCUUGUGGGAGUAAUGGACUGGAAGUGACGCGCUACCGUCGACUGUUUGGAGAUGACGUGCAACGAUCGCAAGAUCGUUCGCAGGCCCAACCAGCAGUAACUAAACCCAAAGGUUUUGUUGAUGAUGCCAUUAUUGCGACGGUGUCUUAUGAAAUGAAUCACAGCUGGAAACGCUUUGGUGUUCGUUUGGGGCUCACGUGGGCAAGGGUUAACAAGGUUUGUGCUGAAGAACGACAACACACUGACAAAGCUAUCCCUAAAAUGAUGUUGUAUUGGAGAAACCACUUAGAUAGUGAAACACAUCAACUGAAAGUGCUGUGCACUGCUUUGAGACAACACGGGUACGUGCGUCUAGCUGGGCAAUUAUUCCAGGGCGAUAUCGGCGAGGGCCACCUGUCCGAUACUGACAUGCUACUUAUUGCCGAUAGACUAGGUACUGAUUGGAAACCGCUUGGGAUCAAUCUAGGUCUAACACAUUUACAAAUACAGCAAAUUGAGCAAGACUUUUCACUGUCUAUGGUAGACGCCAUUCUUGAAUUGUUGGUAAGAUGGCGAAAAGGGCAGGAAGAUGAAAAUCACCUUGCAAAAAUGAGUGUUGCUUUGUGUGCCAUCGGAAGAGAAGAUAUUAAAAGUAAACUCCAAACUCACUACGGUAGCAGGAAUUAUAUCGGCAAAGUAAUAAAGUAAAAGUAAAAGU